AUGGCUCGAUUGAUGAUCACAGGAAAUUCAAAAAUUCAAUAAAGACAAUCCUAAUGGGGUUUUAUUGAUAAUGAACAAAUCCCUGUUCAAAAAGAAAAGAUUUUAGCUAUAUUUGUUGAUGAUAUUUUAACAGAUUAGAAAAUCACUCCUUUACACAUUGAAAUAAAUCUUAAACAAUUGAUCAAAUAUAAAAUAGACACUCUUAUCAAAAUGGAAUUGAAUGAAUUUUUGAAGGAGAGAAAUCUCUUGAAUAAGACUAUAUUUUUUUAUGAUAUUUAUGGCAACUAAAUAAAAUACUAUUCGAAGUCAAGCAAAUCCUAUUUAUUUAGUACCAGAUCUAAUCUAUUCUGGCUAUUUGUUCGCCCAUUUGAUCACUAUAUUAAAUAAAUCAACAAGAUUGAUAGAGGAGCUUCAUAAAGCUAUCAUUCCAAUGAAGGAUUGUAAUAAAUACCUGUAUGCAAAUUAAAAUCAUGUCUCUCCCUUAUAUCAGUUCAUUAAGAUGUGCCAAAAUCACCUCCCACCACACAUAGAGGGACAUUUUUAACAAAAGAAAUGAGAAAUUUGCAAUCUGUUUACGAUAAUUACACAAGAACUACUAGUGUAUAAUCUUCAAGACCCUUUCUAUCACCAAAGACAUAAAAAUCUAGUUUUAUUUUCACAAGUAAAAUUAAGAUGAAUAAAUAAGAGAAAUAUUUUAUAGAAAACAUGGAAAAAUGUUAAGAAGAAUUACAAAAUUAUAUUGAAAAUAUGCAUAAUUAAUUAUCUCAAAAAACUGAUGAUGUCAAAAAGAUUAUUAAAUUUUAUGACCAAAUUUAAUAUCCUACUCCCAAAAGUAGAGCAUUUGAAUCAAAGACUCUUUCUAAAAGAAUUAGUCACCCUUUACAAUUAAUUCUGGAUAAAGAAUAAUAAAAAAACAAAUUUAAACCCAGGAAUUAUUUUUCAGAUGAACAGAAUUGGUUGGAAAGCAUACCAUUACUCACUGAAAUGAAUAUCCCAGAUAUCUAAGCUAAAUAUAAGUUGAAUAGAGCUUAAUUGUAUGCUUUUUAUUCAUUUUUUAAAGUGCUUCAACUUUUAACUGCUAUAACUUAAAAGAGAGAAAAAAACAAAUUGACUAAAGGGAUAUCAUACGAUUUUUAUAGAUAAGGAAUAGAGAAUAUCUAAGAUUAAUCAGAAUAUAUGGCUAAAGGAAUAUUUAAUAUCAUAGAUUCUAGAUGUUCAGGCUUUUUGGAUUGGUAACAAUUUUUAUUCCUGAUGAGUUCAGUAUAAGCCAAAACUAAGGAAGAACGCAUUGACUUAUUCAUCAAAAUCGCUGAUAUGGAUAGAAAUGGGAAACUCUCUUACCCUGAAGUUUCUAAAUUAAGUCAUCAAACCAUGAGUAAGAUAGUCAAGACAUAAGAUACGAAUUUCUUGAAUGAUAUAUCUGAAUUUUUCACCAGAGUCAUCUUUGAUUCUGUGAAUAUCUCAUAUGAUAAGGAAAUAGAUUUUCAUUCUUUAAAGGAUAUAAUAACAAAGGGACAUCCAAAUUCUGAUUUACUAUGCUUAUUCUGUGGUGCAGAAUUUUGA